CUGCUCGCGAUGACGUAAGCAGACAGAGAGGCCCGCCCCCUCACGGGAGCGAAUCAGAGCUCAGCCUGAGCGGGGUUUGGCGGUGACGCUCAGGAAGGAGGUGUCCGGGGGCCGCGCUGUGCGGUUGAAUUUCAAGGAAGGAGACGGCGCAGCCAGCAGGAGGAGGGGGAGUGUGUAUCCGCUUCUUCCAGCCUCCAUUGCUCGCCCUGUGGGCACAGGCCGGCCGCUGGCACCCUCAAGGCUGGACGAGCUGCAUGAGGCGGCGGGGGGAGGAGGAGCAAGCCUGACGGACAUCACCGCUUUGCGCACCAUGGUGUUCCUCAAGCUGCGGGAGCAGCCUCCAUUGGUUCAAGCUAUUUUUAAUGGGGAUCCGGAUGAAGUUCGUGCGCUGAUAUUCAAGAAGGAAGAUGUCAACUUUCAGGAUAAUGAGAAAAGAACACCACUACAUGCAGCUGCCUACUUGGGAGAUGCAGAAAUUAUAGAGCUUCUCAUUUUAUCUGGAGCUAGAGUAAAUGCCAAAGACAGCAAGUGGUUGACUCCUCUACACAGAGCUGUGGCAUCCCGCAGUGAGGAUGCUGUUCAGGUGUUGUUAAAGCAUUCAGCUGAUGUCAACGCCCGUGACAAAAACUGGCAGACCCCCUUGCACAUAGCUGCAGCAAACAAAGCUGUGAAGUGUGCGGAAGCACUGGUGCCUCUUCUUAGCAAUGUUAAUGUAUCCGACCGAGCAGGGAGAACAGCAUUACACCAUGCAGCCUUCAGCGGUCAUGUCGAGAUGGUCAGUUUACUUUUAUCACGAGGUGCCAACAUCAAUGCAUUUGACAAGAAAGACAGGCGAGCGAUGCAUUGGGCAGCGUACAUGGGUCAUAUUGAGGUUGUUAAGCUACUUGUGACUCAUGGGGCAGAAGUAAUGUGCAAAGAUAAGAAAUCAUACACACCACUCCAUGCCGCGGCCUCAAGUGGGAUGAUCAGCGUGGUCAAGUAUCUUUUGGAUCUAGGAGUUGAUAUGAAUGAAUCAAAUGCUUAUGGAAACACCCCUCUUCAUGUGGCCUGCUACAAUGGUCAAGAUGUGGUGGUAAAUGAACUGCUAGAUUGUGGUGCUAAUGUGAACCAAGUGAAUGAACGGGGUUUUUCUCCUCUGCACUUUGCUGCUGCUUCAACACAUGGAGCCCUGUGUCUGGAGCUUUUGGUCUGUAAUGGUGCAGAUGUAAAUAUUAAGAGUAAAGAUGGGAAGACUCCUCUUCAUAUGACUGCCAUCCAUGGUCGCUUUUCCAGGUCGCAAAUAAUAAUCCAGAAUGGAGCAGAGAUAGACUGUGAAGAUAAGAAUGGAAACACACCAUUGCACAUAGCAGCUCGAUAUGGCCAUGAGCUCCUCAUUAACACUUUAAUAACCAGUGGCGCAGAUACAGCAAAGCGAGGCAUCCAUGGAAUGUUCCCUCUCCACUUGGCUGCACUGAGUGGUUUCUCAGACUGCUGCAGAAAGCUCCUUUCUUCAGGGUUUGACAUAGAUACUCCAGAUGACUUUGGCAGGACUUGUCUACAUGCAGCUGCAGCUGGAGGGAACCUGGAGUGUUUGAAUUUGUUGCUGAAUACAGGUGCAGAUUUCAAUAAAAAGGAUAAGUUUGGGAGAACACCACUGCACUAUGCUGCUGCCAACUGUAACUAUCAGUGCCUAUUUGCACUUGUGGGAUCUGGAGCCAGUGUCAAUGACCUUGAUGAGAGGGGCUGUUCCCCACUGCACUAUGCAGCUGCAUCAGAUACAGAGGGCAAGUGCCUGGAAUACUUAUUAAGAAAUGAUGCAAACCCAGGGAUCAGGGAUAAACAAGGGUUCAAUGCAAUUCAUUAUGCAGCGGCUUAUGGACACCGUUUAUGUCUAGAACUGCUUAUGGAAACAUCAGGUACAGACAUGCUGAAUGAUGCAGAUACCCGUGCUCCAAUAAGUCCAUUGCAUUUAGCGGCUUACCAUGGGCACCACCAAGCAUUAGAGGUGCUAGUACAAUCUUUGCUUGACUUGGAUGUCAGGAACAGCACUGGAAGGACUCCUCUGGACCUGGCUGCUUUCAAAGGACAUGUUGAAUGUGUAGAUGUUCUCAUCAACCAAGGAGCAUCAAUAUUAGUAAAGGACUAUGUUGUGAAAAGGACUCCUAUUCAUUCAGCAGCAAUCAAUGGGCAUUCAGAGUGUUUGAGACUCCUGAUUGGAAAUGCGGAUAUUCAGGCUGCAGUGGAUAUUCAUGAUGGAAAUGGACAGACUCCGUUGAUGCUCUCUGUCCUGAAUGGACAUACAGAGUGUGUUUAUUCGUUGCUGAACAAAGGAGCCAAUGUGGAUGCCAAAGAUAAAUGGGGAAGAACUGCACUGCACCGAGGGGCAGUGACUGGGCAUGAGGAGUGUGUGGAGGCAUUGCUACAACACAAUGCAAAUUUCCUACUGCGGGACUGCAGAGGAAGGACACCCAUACAUUUAGCUGCAGCAUGUGGACAUAUAGGAGUUCUAGGUACUCUUUUGCAUACUGCGUCCUCUGUAGAUGUUGUUCCUGCAAUAGCUGACAAUCAUGGAUACACAUCUCUUCACUGGGCUUGUUAUAACGGUCACGAUGCCUGUGUAGAGUUGCUGUUGGAGCAAGAAGUGUUUCAAAGAAUGGAAGGAAACUCAUUCAGUCCUCUGCAUUGUGCAGUCAUAAAUGACAAUGAAGGCGCUGCAGAAAUGCUCAUAGACACAUUAGGUACAAGCAUUGUGAAUUCAGUGGACUCAAAAGGAAGGACGCCCCUUCAUGCUGCAGCUUUUACAGACCAUGUUGAAUGUUUGCAGCUUUUGCUCAGCCAUAACGCCCAGGUAAAUGCUGUGGAUUCUUCUGGAAAGACACCACUAAUGAUGGCUGCUGAAAAUGGACAAACUAAUGCAGUAGAGGUGUUAGUUAGCAGUGCUAAAGCUGAUCUCACAUUGCAAGAUAACAAUAAAAAUACUGCACUACAUUUGGCAUGCAGUAAGGGUCAUGAAACCAGUGCCUUGUUAAUACUAGAGCAAAUUACUGACCGGAACCUCAUCAAUUCAACAAACUCAUCUUUGCAGACACCUCUCCAUGUGGCUGCUAGGAAUGGGUUAACGGUUGUAGUCCAGGAACUCUUAGGCAAAGGAGCAAGUGUAUUGGCUGUAGAUGAAAAUGGCUACACACCAGCAUUGGCAUGUGCUCCCAAUAAGGACGUUGCUGACUGUCUGGCCCUCAUUUUAGCCACCAUGAUGCCGGUCUCAUCAUGCAGCACAAUGCCAUCUCUGACUUUAAACCACUACACCAAUCCCUCAAAGACAGUCACAUUUGACUCAUUGCCCCUCGUGAGAAGCGAGCACAGUUCCUAUUGCAGCUUCAACAAUAUCGGCAGGGAAGAUGGCUAUCCAUACACAGAAGAAGAUGAGCUUAAUGACUCGGACUCUGAGACCUACUGAGGGUUCCAUGGGAGUCCAGAUUUUAAAUAAAUUCUCAUUGUGCAUCCAGAAAAAGUUCUCAUCUUUGUGCUGCCGAGGUGGCCACAAAUAUGUAGGUUAACUUACCAAGUUUAUAAGAAAAAGUGGGGUUUUUUUUUUUUUGUUCUUUACCGUUUUAACGUAAACACUGAUGAUUUGACUUUACUUUUAUUUUAAUCUGACCACUUUUUGUUGGAUAAGAAACCUUUCUACACCCCAGUUAGUCUUCUGGAGGUUUGGAGCCUGUGAUGAGAACUGUUCCCAGACAACACAUAGCCCGGGAUGGUUGAGGCCAUUUAAGCAGUCAUUACUGUUUUAUUUAAUAUUUUAUUGUCUUUGUGGAAAGAAACUUUUAUAUGGCAGGGCCUAGCAGUCCAGACAGCGGGUAACUUCAACCAUUGUACAGAAAACACUAUAGUAAACGUUGUAUAAAUUUAAAAA